CUACUGUUGGGUUUUCUAGUGGCGGCAUCUGCUAUGCUCCGGAGCGAGGCCUCAGCCAAUCUGGGCAGCGUGCCCAGCAAGAGAUUAAAAAUGCAGUACGCCACGGGGCUGCUGCUCAAGUUCCAGAUUUGUGUUUCCCGAGGUUAUAGGCGGGUGUUUGAGGAGUACAUGCGGGUUAUUAGCCAGCGGUACCCAGACAUCCGCAUUGAAGGAGAGAAUGACCUCCCUCAACCAAUACAUAGACACAUAGCAUCUUUCCUGUCAGUCUUCAAACUAGUAUUAAUAGGCUUAAUAAUUGUUGGCAAGGAUCCUUUUGCUUUCUUUGGCAUGCAAGCUCCUAGCAUCUGGCAGUGGGGCCAAGAAAAUAAGGUCUAUGCAUAUAUGAUGGUUUUCUUUUUGAGUAACAUGAUUGAGAACCAGUGUAUGUCAACAGGUGCAUUUGAGAUAACUUUAAAUGAUGUACAUGUGUGGUCUAAGCUGGAAUCUGGCCACCUUCCAUCCAUGCAACAACUUGUUCAAAUUCUUGACAAUGAAAUGAAGCUCAAUGUGCAUAUGGAUUCAAUCCCACACCAUCGGUCAUAGCACCACCUAUCAGCACUGAAAACUCUUUUGCAUUAAGGGAUCAUUGCAAGAGCAGCGUGACUGACAUUAUGAAGGCCUGUAGUGAAGACAACAAGCUGUUAGUACAGACCCGAUGCUUUCUUGGCAGGCUCGUUUUACCUCUUGGAAAACCUCAAUGCAAGAUAGUUUUUCAGUGCUGGCAUAUUUUGUAAUUCUGCACAUUCAUGGAGUGCAAUAAUACUGUAUAGCUUUCCCCAUUCCCCACAAAAUCACCCAGUUAAUGUGUGUGUGUGUUUUUUAAGGUAGACAUUACUACUUGUAACUUUUUUUCUUAGUCGUGUUUGAAAAAGUAGAAAAUUGAGUUACAAUUUGAUUUUUUUCCAAAGUUGUCUGUUAAAUCUGUUGUGCUUUUAUAUGAAUAUUUGUUUUUUAUAGUUUAAAAUUGAUCCUUUGGGAAUCCAGUUGAAGUUCCCAAAUACUUUAUAAGAGUUUAUCGGACAUCUCUAAUUUGGCCAUGUCCAGUUUAUAUAGUUUACAAAAUAUAGCAGAUGAAAGAUUAUGGGGGAAAUCCUAUAUUCAGAGUACUCUACAAAUUUUUGUGUAUGUGUGUGUGGUUACCAGAGAACUACUAAAAAAACCAACUGCUUUUUAAAUCCUAUUGUGUAGUUCAAGUGUCAUGCCUUGACCAAUCCAAUGAAUUGAUUAAUUAACUGGGCCUUUAUACUUAACUAAAUAAAAAACUAAGCAGAUAUGAGUUAAAUUUAAAA